UGAGAGGCGCUAGUUUUGUUGUCUUUGUGUAAAAGAGUGGAGCUCGAUCUCGCAGUAUCGCUCUUCCCUCUUCCCCCGAAUCCUUUUAAAACUCUCCCCCUGGGUGUAUACCCCCCCGAACCUCUCCCCUUCUACCCUUAAAACCCCACCCUCCCCCUGAAUACAUCUCAAGGCACGGAUCAGAUUCCAUUUUUUUGUGACCAAAGACCCCAGCUUUUUGGACUCACCAGCCCCUGUCCUACACGCUGCAGUUAUGGACUCCGGUGUGAUUGAAGGAGGGCUCAAUGUCACCCUCACCAUCAGAUUGCUCAUGCACGGCAAGGAAGUCGGAAGCAUUAUCGGCAAGAAAGGUGAAUCGGUGAAGAAAAUGAGAGAAGAGAGCGGCGCUCGCAUCAACAUUUCCGAGGGGAACUGCCCAGAGAGGAUCAUCACCCUGGCUGGCCCUACCACCGCCAUCUUCAAGGCUUUCUCCAUGAUCAUCGAGAAGCUGGAAGAGGACAUCAGCAGCUCCAUGACCAACAGCACGGCCACCAGCAAGCCGCCGGUGACGCUGCGCAUCGUGGUCCCCGCCAGCCAGUGCGGCUCCCUCAUCGGCAAGGGCGGCUGCAAGAUCAAAGAGAUCAGAGAGUCGACAGGUGCGCAGGUUCAGGUUGCCGGAGACAUGCUCCCCAACUCCACCGAGCGCGCCAUCACCAUCGCCGGCACCCCCCAGUCCAUCAUCGAGUGCGUCAAGCAGAUCUGCGUGGUCAUGCUGGAGCUUUCUCCUCCUAAGGGAGUCACCAUCCCUUACAGACCCAAGCCAUCAGGGUCCCCCGUCAUCUUUGCCGGCGGACAGGCGUACGCCGUUCAAGGACAGCACGCCAUCCCACAGCCAGAUUCUUCCUCUGCCUCCAUCUCUCCACAGCUCACAAAGCUUCACCAGCUGGCCAUGCAGCAAAGCCCCUUUCCGCUGGCCCCCAGCAACCAAGGCUUUACUGGGAUGGACGCUUCAGCCCAGACGGGGUCCCAUGAGAUGACCAUUCCAAACGAUUUAAUUGGCUGCAUCAUCGGUCGCCAGGGCGCCAAGAUCAACGAGAUCCGGCAGAUGUCCGGCGCUCAGAUCAAGAUCGCCAACCCGGUGGAGGGGUCGUCCGACCGGCAGGUGACCAUCACCGGCUCCCCGGCCAGCAUCAGCCUGGCCGAGUACCUCAUCAACGCCAGGCUUUCCUCUGAGGCGACCGGGCUGGCGACCAACUGAACCGGCUCCUCCCACCUGCUGCACUAACUCCGCCCCUUUUACCAUGGUCACCUGUCAGAGUGGUUAAUGCAACAAUCCAGUAUUCCAAAUUCUCCCUUACAUCACCUCCCUUUUUUUCAUUGGUGUUUUUGUUAAAUUUAUGCCCGCCCCUUAAGAUGAGCUGGGGGGAAAAAAAAAAACUUUUUUAUUUAUUUUUUUUCCUUAAAGAAUUUUGUUUUAAAAUUCCCUUUUUGAGUCCAGUUGGUGGUUUUAAAUGAUAUUAUGUUUUUUGAUGGGAAAAAAACAAAAACAAUCUUGUGGUCUCCAUCUUUGUUUGGCAUCAAAAGUGUAGAGGUGGAAAAAUCUGAAUAGGCAUAGGUUUAGUUAUGUAACGUCAGAUUAUCUUUUUUUUUCUUCAAAAAUAAAAAGACAAAAAAAAAGAAAAAUAAAAAAAAAUCCAAAAAAUAAAAUAGAUUGACUGCU